AUGAGUGCCAACAUUACCGAACGACCCUCUUACAGCAAUUGUAACGAAAUAUCUCCCCAGUGUCCAGUCGAAGCAACCUUAUACGGCGACUAUUUCAACCUUGGCGCCUGCGUGUUCUUCACAGUAGCCUAUUCGAUAGCAUUCAUCGCACAAGUUUAUCUGGGAUGGCGCUCGAAAGCGUGGUCGUUCGUGAGCUACCUCGCCGUCGGGACGAUCUUUGAACUCUCAGGUUACGCCGCUAGGAUAGCUCUCUCCUCUAACCCCUGGAUUUACGGUGCCUUUGUGAUCCAGCUUCUGUUCCUCAUCUUGGCGCCAACUCUCGUCGCUGCCGCGAUAUCCGUCACCUUCAAGCACCUCGUCCUCCACUACGGCCCUGAAUGGUCCGUGUUGCGCCCGAGGUUGUACCCUUGGGUCUUUGUCGGCACGGACUUCAUCUCGAUUGUUAUACAGGCGGUAGGAGCUGCGGUGGCUGCGUUCGCGACUUCGGGUGCGGAAGAGAACCAGUCUCUGAGCGAUGUCAGCUCGGCCCUUCUGGUUACGGGUGUCGUCUUCCAGGUUGCGAAUAUGGUCAUUUGCGGUGGCCUGAUGUUGAUCUAUGUUUGGCGUUACCGCAAAGGGCAUUCAAGACGCACCGGGCCUGGAAACGAGGGAAACUCUGGCUUUAGGGUUAUUCCUCCGGGGACUAAGUCUGACCGCCCAGAUGAGGAAAAAAAGUUGAAGAUCUUCAUCAUCUCGAUUACCAUUGCGUAUAUUGCCAUUGUGAUACGCUGUAUCUACCGUGUCCCUGAAAUGGCAGAGGGCUGGGGGAGUGAUUUGAUGCAAGACGAGAUCACGUUUCUUGUCCUAGAUGGCGCCAUGAUACUAGUGGCCGUCUUGCUGUUGACGAUUUUCCAUCCUGCGGUAUACUUUCCCUCACUGGGGAAGAAGAACGAUAAGGUACUAGAACGGAGGACUGGGUCAAAUGAUUAUGAGAUGCAGUGA